AUGCAAGAGGCACCCAAUUGCGCUCCUCAACUGCCACUCCGUCACUCACCGACUCCUGUGCUUGUCUCGCCGCUCCCCAACUCCACAGCUCUCGAAGCACUGCAAAAAAUCGGUGGAAGCGGUCAAGUAGAGGGCUGCGAAACUUUGCACUCCACGAGUGCUGCAACACAGGGACAGGCCUGCUCUCAAAUGCUGGCCUGUGGCCUCCACUGCAAGUUGCGCUCAACUUAA